AUGGGUAACUCCAUCCGACACAACCUUUCCUUGAACAAGUGCUUCAUCAAAGUGCCCCGUGAGAAGGACGAGCCGGGGAAAGGCGGCUUUUGGAAGAUCGACCCUCAGUACGCCGACCGGCUGAUGAACGGGGCCUUCAAGAAGCGGAGGAUGCCCCCGGUGCAGAUCCACCCAGCCUUCACCAACAGGGCCCAGCACCAAGCGUGCGGCGUCACCGGGCCGGUGCCUUCCAGCUGUGCCAACGGCAACGUCCUCAACGUCAACACGGAGUCCCAGCAGCUGCUGAAGGAGUUUGAAGAGGUCACCGGCGAGCAGAGCUGGGAUGGGAAGAGCGGCCGCAAGCGCAAGCAGCCCUUACCCAAACGCACAGCCAAGGCGGCCCGGCUGCUCAACACGGCCCUGCUCACCCAGGAGGAGCAGACCGAGCUGGGCUCCCUGAAGGGCAACUUUGACUGGGAGGUCGUCUUCGACACCAACCUCAAUGGAGAUUUUGCCACGUUUGAGGAGCUGGAGCUCACCCCUCCCAUCAGCCCCAUUGAGCGUGAGGUCGACCUGGCGGGCCAUGGAUAUCACGACAAUCCACAGGAGUGGUGCGUGGCUGGGUCCGAGCAGCCCCUCACCGAGCCCAACCCCAACAACCUGGACUUUGACGAGACCUUCAUGGCCACCUCCUUCCUGCAGCACCCCUGGGAUGAAGAUGGCAAUGAUUACCUGUCCGGCUCCGUCAGCAUGGAGCAGCUGUUUGAGCUCGGUGACGCCUCGCUGCCUGUGGAUGUCAAUGAAUGGAGCGCUGUGGGAGCCUUUCUAUAAGCAAAGGACCGAACCAAACCCACGGGGGCUUUGGGAGGAUGCUCCCUUUGUGCUGCUGGAACUUGCAAUGGACAAUAUUUGCUAUGGACAGUCUCCCCCAGCAGAUUGAUCAGCUUCGUGGUAGGGUUAUUCAUAGACAUACCAACGGGGAGAACACAAUAACACAAAAGUUGCUUGAAAUAUCUUCAAAGGACACACCAGAAGUCUGAGGUCCACGAGUUUCCUCAAGAGAAGAGAUAGAACAGUACUUAUUUUUUACUUUUUAAGGAACAAAAUGUAAAUUACCAUUUUUCUUUGCAUGGAAAUGGACACAGCAUACAGUCCUCCUCUUCAGAACCAACAGACAAGAUUCCUGGUGGCUUCGGACUCCAUAGACUACGUGCAAUCUUCUCACUCCUUCUUCUCUCUGUUCUUCUCUCUCUUUCUGUCCGGGUUCAUUUGUAGGUGUAGCUAAUUAGUUAGCAGGCAAAUAGAGUCCCCUCUGGAUUCUCCAAGUUCAACCUCCCUCCUGACUUGUGCCUGGGGAAGAAGGAAAGAUCCGUAAAUUCAGUCUGCCUCUUUAGAUGUUUUUAUAUAAUCUAUUAUAUAUUAUAUAUUCAAAGAAACCUAUAUUUUUAGCAUUAGGACUUCUUUUCAGAGUGGGGUAGGGGAAAUGUAGGUUAGGGGUUGUUUUGAACUUUGGCUUAUGUUAGUUGUUCUGCACACCAAGACCUGCACAGUGGCUUUGAUCAGCAUUGGGUCACCCAACUCUGUGUCAAUGUCAGCACCGUUCCUGCAGCCAAACUGUGCCGAAACUUGACCCAAAGCUCUUGGAUUCCUCUGCUCCUCUUCCCCAUGGGUGGUUUGGGUGAUGUAGCUGCUGAGUAGAGUAAGGAAAAGCUGUAGUAUCAGUGCUGUGUGUCUUAGACUCGCGGAAAAAAAGAAAUGGGAGAUUGUAAGGAUUUUCUUUUUUGGUUGCAGAAGCACUUAGGAUUGUUGUUGUGAGUAACAUAGCGGGAGUAUAGCUGUAGCACUAGAGUCAAUAAACCAGCCUUAAAAAAUAAAAUGAGAAAUAACCUUG